UAAGACCAAGUACUUUGAGAAAUGGCUGCUUUUUUAUCUUCUUCCAGUUAUAUUCUGCUAUUUUCCCUCAUGGUUACCUCUUUGAUGGUUGCUUCUGCUGGAAACUUCUACCAGGAUAUUCAGGUUACAUGGGGUGAUGGCCGCGGUAAGAUACUAAACAACGGCGAGCUUCUUACUCUCUCACUUGACAAGUCCUCUGGCUCUGGCUUCCAAUCCACAAAUCAAUAUCUUUUUGGAAAAAUUGAUAUGCAAAUUAAGUUUGUUCCUGGUAACUCUGCAGGCACUGUCACUACCUAUUACUUGCGCUCAGAAGGGUCUUCGUGGGAUGAGAUAGACUUUGAAUUCUUGGGGAAUCUUAGUGGCGACCCUUAUAUUGUUCAUACCAAUAUAUUCAGCCAAGGCAAAGGCAACAAAGAGCAGCAAUUCUACCUCUGGUUCGACCCAACUGCUGAUUUUCACACCUACUCUAUCCUUUGGAAUGCCCAACAUAUUGUCCUCUAUGUUGAUGGCACACCCAUCAGAGAGUUCAAGAACUUGGAGUCAAUUGGUGUUCCAUACCCAAAGAACCAGUCCAUGAGGAUAUAUUCAAGCCUCUGGAACGCUGAUGACUGGGCCACUAGAGGAGGUCUGGUCAAGACAGACUGGUCCCAAGCUCCCUUUACUGCUUCAUACAGGAAUUUCAAUGCUGAUAAUGCUUGCAUUUGGCGGUCUUCGGGUUCUACUUCUUGCAGUUCAAAUUCAAACUCAACGAGCUCUGUCUUGCUCUCACAACAAUUGGACUCCACAAGCCAAGAGAGGCUUCAAUGGGUGCAAAAGAAUUACAUGGUUUAUAAUUACUGCGCAGACACAAAGCGAUUCCCGCAAGGCGUCCCUCUAGAAUGCACUGCCAGCAACACAUCUUAAACCUUCAUCAGCUAAAUCGUGUAAAUUAUAAGUUUUGAUUUUCAAUUCAUUUAGGUCCUUUUGUUAAUCAUUUUGUUUGUAGUUCUACUUUUCACUCUUUAUAUUUGAAAUAUGGGAGAACCAUAUCAAGGAAAAGACGUAUGAACAAUAAAAGUGGAUGAAAGAUAGGUUGAUGAGGAAAGGUACACAAAAUAAAAAUGAAAAAUGAAAAGUUAUUUUAGCUGUUUUCA